AUGGCGCAUCCUAAUGGCGCAAACUACACGAAUGGGAACCGCAAGCCUAUGCGUGUUCCUUCAGUUGCGGAGGCUCUACCAUUCUCGCCAUUCACGUCUAUCGUGCCCUUCACUCUCGACGCCAUACCUCCUCCCUUGGCCCUUCCCUCCGCUCCCGCGCAGAUCUUCUCGUCCGAAGAACAAAAGAUCUCGGCUCAUGGAAUGCUAGAGCGACUUGAUGCACAAGCCAACAAUGCUGAAAGAGCCUCGGAACAAUUGACCAGGACGCUGGAAUCUGUCCAACACCUUCUCAACUCGGAUAACCUCACUCAGUACCGCUUUAACAGACCUGCCAGAUUCGCGCAGAGCAAGUCUCGUCCGACUCAGACUACUGCGACCCCGUCCAAGAACCAGCUCGGCUCCUUUGCAAAGAUGGUCCUCGACAAGACUAUUCCGUCUCACUACGCUGCAGAAAAAGCCAACCUACCUACGCCAUCUCCGGCACCGCUUGUCAAGCCACCAAAACCACAGUCUCAUGUUGCACCAGCGGUGACCACUUCUGUUCAGCCACAGCACAAUCAGAGUCUCCAUCAGUCAACAAUCCCGGUGCCACAAUCAUCUGCAAGGCAAUCUACCGUCCCUACGUCCAUAUCUCAGCCACAAAUCGCCGUUCCGAUCACUCUCUCAUCGGCUCCUUCGCCUCAUCAAUCCAGUCAAUCUGCAAAAGCCAAUGGUGUUCCUCAAGCGCACCCACAAAGUUCUCAGCCUAGUUCCCAGAGGUCCAGCAUCGCCGUUGUGAUACCCAAACCCCUCACAGAAGCACAACGUGCUCAGUAUACUCAUGUACCGGACACAAUCAGAGUCCUCAGCGCAUCGCAGACGUCAAAGACAGAUGCUCAAAAGCAUGCAGACUUUCAGGCCGAUCAACGACUGACUUCGGCAAGCAUUGCUCAGCAAGAAAAGGCAAAUUCUGCCGUGUCUAAGCUCAGAAACUUGAUAGCCGAGAUAUUCGAAGCCGAGGACCAGAUGCAGGCAGACACUUCUGGGAUGGUCUCCUCCAAUGCUGCCCGAUUCUUCAAUACCGACGACGCGAUUGAGGGCACACCAGUCCUGCAAGCGACAAUCCAAGCGCAACUUGAUAGUGCGCUAUACAAAGUCGUUGCAAAUGCCCGUCUUUCAAGCAUUGACGUCGGCGAUCUUGGCCGUAUACAACGUUUGUGUGACCAUGCUGCCACCGCUGCAGGUACGAUUAACUAUCGCAUCGACGGUGAUACACCGCAAGAGGUCGAUGAAUGGCUUCACGGCAUUGGUGUUGGAGAGCAAGGUUUGACUGCUUGCAAAACUUUACUGCGCAUUAUGACAGCUGGUCGUGAAGAGAAGCAGCUGUAUUCAGAAGAAACUCUUACGACUCUUUUGAACAGUCUCAUUCAUAUCGUCGAGACUUGCAUCAUCCCCAUAGUCGAGAUGAGAAGUAAUGGAGAUAUGGCGGAUGCCUUCAAACUCGCUUCUUCUCAAAGCAAGUAUCUCAAUCAAAUCUUGACUGCUUGCAUCCGAGUCAUCAAGCUGCUGGGCGAUCUCAUUGCAAAGACUGAUGUCGAUGAGCGCGCCAUCGUUUCUGCCGAAUUUAUUUGCAAGACGUUGGUCUUCGUCGAGAACGCAACGUCCGAGAAAGACUCUGCACUCGGUAUUCAGAGGUUUGAGACCGCUCGUAGAGCUGCAAUGGAUGUGCUUGCAAAGAUCUUCGCCCGUUACCCCGAACAAAGACAAUCGAUAUUCGACGAGAUCUUGACUUCUCUCGAGAAGCUCCCAGUAGGUCGACAAAGCGCUCGUCAAUUCAAAAUGGUCGAUGCAAAACCGAUUCAACUUGUGUCAGCUCUACUCAUGAGACUGGUCCAGACCAGUGCCACGCGUAUGGAAGUCAAGACGAAACACAUCUCUGAAGAAGCGAACAGUGAAGAGAAUGUCGACGAGGACUCUGGGUCUUCUGAAGAAGACGCUGAUGCAGACUCGGACUUCGACAAUGCGACAGAGAAGAAACAUCGACCUAAGCCGAAGCCCAGGCAAAAGAAACGAACGAGCGAGGGACCUGAAGAUCUGGCGUCUGUCACCAACCCUCUGUUCGAAGCAGCUUAUAGAGACGCCCAUUAUGUUGUCAAUUACAUGGUUCAGCGUGCUCUGACCUCGACAAAAUCAGGAGAUCAGCCGUACAGAAAUCUUCUUGACAUCUUCACUGAGGACUUUCUGAAUGUUUUAGGCAAUACUGAUUGGCCCGCAGCGGAGAUGUUCCUCCGUGUGCUCUUGGCCAAGAUGUUUGAAUUGUCAGAGAAUCACAAGGGUUCUGCUCCCUCAAAAGCCAUGGCUUUGGAGUUGAUGGGCGGCAUGGCCUCGCGCAUCACCGAACUACGUCUGCAAGCACAAUCGGCAUCUCGUCAACCCAACACAGAGCGCUCUGAAGUUACGGCCAAGCUUUUGCAGAUACAUGAGAGUAUUGUGGCAGAACAAAUUGAAGAGGACGAGUUGCUGUCUUUUGAUGGCCCGUAUAGAAUCGUGCUCGAAUAUCUCCAAGCUAGAGGCACGGAAAAUUCAGAGUUGCUGACUGCGCGUGGUUAUCAUACCAUCCAGUGGGCUAAACAAAUUCUCCAGCCCAGUUCUGAAACCACGAAGUCGGCAGAAGUUGAGAAUCGUCUCGCGUUUAUGAUCAAGGACACGACCUGGCUCGAAACGGAGUACGAUUUCAAAGCAGUGACUACAGAAGAUGGCAGAUUCGCAGCAGUCUUGAUUACCAUGAAUCUCCCUUUCUGUCGUGCCUUCAACAAGAUCUUUAGCAAGCUUCUUGGCACCAUGGCUGGCGACCAAGCUUCAUUGCGGAGCAAAAGCUUGAAGAGCAUCGAACAACUUCUGGAGAUGGAUCCUUCAAUCCUUGAUCAGGGAACGUUCUUCAUCAACAGCAUUAUCAGAUGUCUGCAAGACAACUCCACCCAGGUACGAGACUCUGCUCUUGGUCUGAUCGCUAAAUGUCUUUCGCUGCGUCCAAAACUAGAUACUAUGCUAUAUGAGCGCGUCAUCUUUCGAGCCCAGGACGCCAAUUUGCAUGUUAGAAAACGUGCAAUGAAGAUGUUGAAAGACAUGUACCUUCGCAACGACGCUUUGACUAUGAAAGCGUUGAUCGCCGACACUCUCAUAAGCAGAGUCAAUGAUGCCGAUGAGAGCAUUGUUGAGCUUGCCCGUCACACUUUCGAGGAUAUCUGGAUGACACCUUUCCAUACGGUUCCUGGUGCUGACCCCGACACGAUGAGAAAAAAGCUUCGUCUUCGCGAGCAGACGAGCUUGGUCAUCAACAUUGUCAAGCGAAAGACUGAAACUACAGAGGCAGUCCUGCCCGAACUCUUGCAGCAAAUUUUGUCAGACAAAUCCAAGACGGCUAAGGCCAAUACUGUGGUGUGCAAAGAGAUGGUAAAGCUUAUGUUCGACGCUAUCAUCGAUCCAAGCGAGCUUCCAGAAAGUCCCCCUCAACAAAACGUCCUGCAAACGCUCACCAUCUUUGCUGCGGCUAAUGCAAAGCUGUUCGCGCCCGAUCAGCUCCAGACCCUCCAGCCUUAUGUCAAGAAUCUCAGUUCCGAGGACAACCUGCUGGUAUACCGUUCGGCAAUUGUCAUUUUACGUCACACUCUGCCUCAUAUGAAGAAUCUUAACCGAGACUUCCUGGUUAACAUACAACAAGCUCUACUUGGAAGCUUUACUAGACUUCCACCAGCAGAGCUCAAAGAAGUUGCUACCUGCCUUUGGACUCUAGAUGGCGAACUCCACAAUACCGAAAGACUCGUGAAAGUUACACUUUCGCUCUAUGAUCAGAUCAAGCGAGGCUUGCCUGUUGAUAUGAACAGCAAUCAAGCCGCCGCUCAGAAGACAAGGCGGCUCAUCACCAUCGCUGGCCAUUUCGGAAAAGCUUUCAAUCUUGACUCACAUCUCAGUUCUUUCAAGGAGAAAUUCCCGGACUACAAGGGCGAACACGUAGCAUUCUUGGCCGUAGACUUGAUCUGCCCUUUCACAAGCCCAAAUCAGCCUAUGGUUCUUCGUCAAGCCGCACUUGAUAGUGUUUGCAUGCUAUGCCAGGCAUGGCCUGGUCAGUUGAUGCGUACUGAUGUCUGUAACGCCUUCAAGCUGGCCCUGGAGUCAGACGAUCAGCAACUACCAAUGACCAUGAUCGUAGGUCUCAAGGACUUUUACUGUGCUGGGGACAAGCCAGGCGAGUCAAGUCUAGUACAAGUCGGUACUGGUGUGGAGGCUGGCACGGAGCGGCUAGGGAAUACUUACAUAGCUACCGACCGUGACGGUGCAGCCACAUCUAUUGCUCAGCAAUUCCUAGCGAAGAUCCGCAACGUCGCUCUCACUUCGGCCGACGCCCUUGCUUUCAAUGCCGUCCAGGUCGUCGCUAGUAUUGGCCGCCAGGGUCUUGUCCAUCCCAAAGAGACCGGACCGUGCUUUAUCGCACUUGAAACCUGUCCAGAUGCGAAGAUAGCCGCUUUCGCCUUCCAGGAACACAUGGGGCUUUACAGCAAACACGAAGCGAUGUUUGAGAAAGAGCACAUUGGCGCUAUCCACCAGGCUUUUACGUACCAGCGAGAUGUAGCUAAAAGCGACCAGGGAUACACCGGUAGUCCACCAACUUCCAAAAUGCAUCAUUUCUGGGAGGUCAUCAAGACUGGAAAGGCGAAAAUUCGCAUCAAGUUUUUGACGGCAAUUUGCGGCAAAGCAGGAGUGGGCUUCGACAUGUCGAAGUUGGACAUGUCAGGCACUCUCCCUUCUCACGUCGCGUUCACCCGAUUCGUCUCGGAGAAUCUAGCCUUCUUCGACUAUGCCAAGUUCGACGAGCUCCAACACCUGAUUGACUGCAUCGAAAAGUUGAUGGCCAAUACUGGCACGCCUGUCGCUCACAUGGUUGACGUGGAUAUUCUCCGCGUCCUCAUCGAAAAAGACGUCCCCAUGAUUGAUUCUGAGAACGGUCUUCCGAACGAGACAGCUGCUAACGAAGGCCAAGGGAAGUCUGUUGCUCCAGGCCGUUUACGCGAGCUCACGGUAUAUGUCCAAGUUCUUCUCCUUCUAUGGGAGCUACGUACGUAUCUUCGUCGCCUCUGGAAUGUCAGCAGACAUCAGGCCGCAGCAACGAAAGGAAAGGCCAGCAAGGAAGUUGUCCGCGCACUACAACGCAUUCCAAAUUCCACCAACCUGACUGAGAGAUACCUUGCGCGUAAUCAAGAAAUCAUGAGAGCUUUAGAGACACCCGAAGGCCAACUCAAUCUUUGCAGCUCUUUCUCAGAGGUGAUGGCGGUGGAUAGUGAGCUCAAGGUCGACAAGGAGGAUGCAGAAGAAGAGAUGGAUACUUCGAUGACAAUGAACGGGGACGGUUAUGAGACCCCGAGCGAGAGAGGCGAGAGUGCCACACCCGGCAGCGGACAGAAGCGUGGUCGUAAGAGAAAGAGCAUAGACUCUUCGCAGAACACUCCAAGGAAGAAGGGACGACCAAGGAAGAACUCGAGUGUGCAAGGUCGCUCUGUCUCUUUCGCAUGA